UCCCCGGAGCAGGAGAGCCGCAGAGGGCCACGAGAGGCGCCGCGCCGCGUGACGUAACGCCCGCCCGCUGUAUAUAAAGGCGCACGCCGCUUGUCUCCGCCACAACACACGCCAGUCCUCCACCAUCUCCACCUCCUCCACCAUGAAGACCUUCCAGGUUGUGAUCAUGGCCGCCGCCGCCGUCGUCCUCGCCGCCGCCGCGCCGCGCCCCGACAGCCCACCCAAGUACGGCCCACCGCCCCCACACUACAAGGAGCCCGGGAUGCCCUACGACUUCGCCUACGCCGUCAAGGACGACUACACCGGCAACGACUUCGGCCAAGAAGAGAGCAGCGACGGACACGUGACCAGCGGGUCGUACUACGUGGCGCUGCCCGACGGCCGCGUGCAGAAGGUGUCCUUCACAGCGGACCACGAGGGCGGCUACGUGGCCGACGUCACCUACGAGGGCGAGGCCACCUACCCCGCCCACCCCGCCCCGCCCGCCUAUGGGCCCCCUGCCCCCUACGCCUAGAUCUCUCCGCCGCCCCCUGGCCAGUAACUUAUUGACCCCGCCUCCCGCGAGGCGCCGCACUUGUAAAUAAAGGCAUCGCUGCAGUCCGCCAUUUCUUCCCUCCUCCCUACACACGCCUUUUUGCCUGCAAGGCGGCAAGGCACGCCACCAGUGUGACAGGAACGACAACUCGGUGGCACCCUGCAUGUGUCUACCCAACACACCUCUCCUUUCUUCCCCCACACCUCGGCCAGCCAGAGAACAGCAGGGCAGGCCGCACGCAGCACAGCACACGCUGGAGGCAAGGCCACCACGGGAGUACAUCUGGUGAGUGUAACACGACCUGGGGCCACCGCGUGUCACCACCUCUGCUUCACCCUGACACCCCUGCCACCUGACGGGCACACAGGCGGCGCCCACACACCCACACAGGGAAUGCAUGACACCAACACAACACCACCAUCACACCACCACACCUCCCAUUCACUGCGCCAUCACGCGAGAUAACAUAACGAAGCACAAGGAAACACAAAGGAAGAUCAAACAGCAGCAUACCUGUUGGCUCUUACGAUGUUUUUCGUGAUCAGAUACAUUUAA